CUCUUUAUUAAUCGUUGCAGCUCGGCCAAUGAAUCCUAAUACACCUGGCUUCGCAUCAACCGAGUUUGCUUAUGGAGCUGGACAUGUCGACCCAAUAGCCGCUAUUAAUCCUGGACUCGUCUAUGAAUUAGACAAAACAGACCACAUCGCCUUUCUUUGCGGUUUGAACUACACUUCGAAAACCCUUCAGCUCAUCGCCUGUGAAGCCGUCGUCACUUGCCGUGGAAAGACCUUACCAAGAAACCUCAACCGUCCUUCAAUGUCAGCUAAAAUUAAUGGAUAUAAUAGCUCCUACACCGUGACUUUCAAAAGAACCGUCACCAAUCUCGGUACCCCCAACUCUACGUACAAAUCAAAGAUCGUCUUAGAUCUCGGAGCUAAACUCAGUGUCAAGGUCUGGCCUAGUGUUCUUUCUUUUAAAAGGGUGAACGAGAAACAGUCUUUCACAGUAACUGUUUCAGGUAACAAUCUCAAAUUAAAUCUACCUUCAUCUGCAAAUCUAAUCUGGUCUGAUGGAACACAUAACGUGAGAAGUGUCAUUGUUGUCUACAUAACGUGAGGCAUUAUCAGUUCACCAUAGUCAUCAUUAUCAUAAUAUUGUCGCCGAUGUGUUUCUUUAUUCUACAUUUGUGUUUCUAUCUUUUCUGAUGAUUGGUUUUUGUGUUUCUUAGUUCACAGUUUCAGAGCUUUGCUU